CAACAAGUAUUUUUUACCUUUUAUCAUUAAUAAUAGAAUAGUUUUAUCUGUGUUUACAUUUUAUUGACCUCAUAAAAUUUUCGCAAUCGGAAAAUCGAGAAGUUUGUCCCAGUGAUAACUUUUAUGUGAAAAUAAUGUCAAUGGGUUAUGAAGAUUCUUGUGAUUGGUCAUGUCUACCUACUUGUGCUUAUAUUGUGCUGGAAAGAAUCGGCGGUGGCGAAUUUUAUAUGAUGAAAUUUGAAACUAUUGACGAGAGGUUGGAGGAUAUUUAUGAAUAUUUCGAUAAGAAAAAGCCAAUCAAACACAAGAUCAAAGAUCAAGAUAAAUGUGUCUCAUUGAUAAAAUACUAUGGAAGCCAAAAGAAUUGUGCAAAUGCUUUGAAGAUAUUUCAACUACAUCGAAAGGAGAAUUCCGAUUCGAUUGGCUUGAUUGAAAAGAAACUGCCGGAACCUGACAACCUAAAAGAGGAAGUAACAUUGGUGGACUUGACAGAAGUCGAAAGUCAGAGGCUUGAAAGACAUUUUUCAGAAUCGUUUGAGGCACUGAAUAGUAAACUCGAAGAAGUUAGUCAAACUGUCAGAGAUAUUGUCACGGAGAUACACAGGAUCCUGUCAAGAAUUGAGAAAAUAGAGUGUAACCAGUCGUCAAAAAAUACGUUCAGUGACACUUCGGGCAAUCAAAUAUCAGCCCAGUCGAUUUUCAAUUCUAUCGAGCAGUAUUUAUCUGACUUAAUACAAUCGAAAAUGAAUUGCCGUGGAUUUAAUUUUGCUGAAAAGCGUAAGAGAAAGAUAGAGGAUGAAGAAGUUUCGUCCAAAAAACAAAUGAUAACUGCCAAUGGAAAUACUCAACAGACCAGAUCACCUCAUCAAUUGACAAGUGAACAAGUAGAAGGCACUCAAAUUCACCAUGACAACGACAAUGAAACAAGUCCAACUCAACCAGAAUGUACAAAUGACGAGGAUCCACACCAAUCACCUUCUCGUUCGUCUUCUGGUUCGCGUUCUCGUUCGGCUUCUGGUUCGCGUUCUGGUUCGUCCUCUGGUUCGUCUUCUGGUUCGCGUUCUCGUUCGGCUUCUAGUUCAUCAUCUGAUAACUGAUCUAAAGACUUUACAACGAAUCUAAUUAAUAAAAUUUCUUUCCAAUGUGUGAAUUGUAAGCCGAACGCAGUCUUACCAUCUUGACUCAAAUUAUCCCAAGUGAUAUUAAUAAGCUUGUGUUGGACUCAAAGCAAAUAAUUAAAUCAAGAAUAAUAAUUGAAAAAUGAGAGAAACUAUUAAUAGAUCAAUAUAUUGAAAUUUCGCGCAUCUAACACCCGAUUAUUAAAAGAAUCGAGGCUUAUUAGUCACUAAAAACUCGAAGGGUCGCCUCAGGUCUUAUUUUUUCGUGGCACUUUUCACCUAUUUGAGAUCCUCAUAUCAGUUGCUGACCAAUAAGGCCAAUUUUAUCAUUCUUUUUUCAUCCAUCUUUGAAUUUCGACCUUUAUUUCAUUUUUACUCCGCAUCGAAAGCGAUAAAGACCAUUGGUUUUUUUUCAAUCGAUUUUUGGACUCAUUUGAAAAGCAAUUUGAUUAUUUUUAUUAAAAAACUAAACAACUUUUCAACUCCAAUAUAAAGAUUUUACCAUAUUCUAAGUAUGGUAUCAUAUUAAUAAUUGAUAAUUACAGUAUAGUAGAGAUAAAAAGAGCGAUUUAUAAACAUAGUGACCUUCGAAAUUACGAUAAAAAACAAACAUCGAAAAUAAAUAUCGAGCAUGUCGAUAGAUUUGUAUUUCGCGCUUUUUCUUAGAUCUUUUUAAAUGAAAGUUUAUUAUUGUUGUGAAUGAAAUCGGGUUCAAAUUGUUUGUUUGUUAAACAAAUUUUGUUUCUCUUUUUUAAUUAGGUUUUUUUAAACCGAAAUGCCAUCUCAAGGGAAUCCAAGCAUCAAUGGACAAGGAAAACAAAUCAAUUGUGAUUGGUCAUUACCAUUAUCAUCUGCGUUUUUAGUUAUGCAAGAAAUUUGUGAUGGUCCUUUUUAUAUCGAGAAGGCUGACCAGGUAUCGGACAAUGGCCCAAGUUUGUUUUUUACGUUUCGAGAGAAGAAUUUAAUUAGCUACAAGAAGGAGAGGAAAGAAUUGGCUUCAUUCAUAAAACACUAUGGUAGUGAAAAUGAUUGUAAAAAAGUGUUGAAUGGACUCAAUCAAUCUCGUCUUGUGAAACCAGAACCUAAACCUCAGUUGACAAUCACCCCUAAGGAAACUUCCGACGGUCACUUACCUGGUCCUGUGACAAGUAUCGGUCAAAGUGUCGCAAAUGUACAACAAACUUGUAAAUUAUUUGAACCAAGUGCAACAAAACCCCAAAUAACAACAAACAAUCAAAGCAAUUCCAAGCUGAAGAACAAGAAACAAACCAAUGUAAAUUGCGAAUCCCUUAGAUUCAAAUUUGAUCGUCACAUUAGAAACGCUCGUCAACGGUGGAUUAAUUAUCCUGAAUCGCUGCUGAUAGAAGAAGAAAAAUCUGAGAAGAUAAAAGAAAUAUUAACGUCCAAAACGACCAAUAUUACAACAAUAGUCAAUCGAUUGGCUGAUAUUCUGAUUGGUGAAGAUCAACUCGCAGAUAAUUUUCUGAAGAUGGACAAAAGUUUGGAUAAACCUCGACAAGAGAUCUUGGAUUUGGAAGAUCAGAAGAGAUUAAAGAAAAUUCUGAAGUUAAUUCAUCCGAGUAUUUUUGUGGAACAACAGUAUUUCCGAAUGAUAAAGAACAAAAUCAAUUCGCAUGGACGUCAUCUCGCUGGAAAACUUAAAAAAAGUAAAGAUGAAAAUCUUUUGUCCACAGAACAAAAACUCGAAGCUUGAAAAAGUUUCACCUAUUAAAUUAAUAUUCUAAGACAAACUCAGAUUCAUUCUGAUUGUAACUGUCAAUUAAUCAGCUAAUCAAAUAAAGUAAUAUUUGUGAUCAUGA